ACACACACUUAUACCACUUCACACACACACACACACAGCAGGUUUGCGAUUGUUGUGCUAAUCUGUAUUUUUAUUCAGUUAUCUGAUAAAGAAUAGCUCUUGCAUUCUGUUUAUACAGGUUAAACCAGUUUAUAGCAGUCACAAGUCACGUGACUAUUUCCUGGAAAAUGAAAGUGGUGUGUUUCUAUUUUGCUAAAAUCACCGGAGCUGAUGUGUUCUCCAGACCGGGAGGGAAAGCCGGUGUUCUAAUCUUCUCUGAUCAUCUCUAAAGACAGGAAGGUUUGGCAGAUCUCCAUAAUGAGUGUGAUUUCAUCUCAUCUGUCCAAUCAGCAGGAGCUGAAGCUGUGUUCUCUACUUGGUCAUGUUAAACUCAGUCUGCUGUUCAAGGCCAGUGUGCACGGCUUCACCGCCGACGCCUUCCACAGGAAGUGUGACCGCCAGGGUCCGACUGUUACUGUAGCGUAUAAUAACUCAGGCUACAUCUUUGGAGCAUACACCAGUAAAGAUUACGCUCAGACAGGUCAGAACAUUACAGAUGACAAAGCCUUCCUUUUCAGCCUUAAUGAGGAUGAGGGUAAUAAAGAUCUUCUGCGUGUGUUCAGUACCAAUACCAAGUGCUCCUUUAUUGAUGGAAAGACUGGGCCCAAUUUUAUUUCCUUGGAUUUUCUACACAAAAACACCGCCACUGUGUACAGCAAUCCAGGCAUGUAUAAUUUUAUCCCAGUGCAAAUGCACGGCAACGACCUCCAGCUGAGCGAGUGUGAGGUGUACCGCGUGGAGGCAGGAUUUGGAUCACUUAUGGAGAAACCAUGGAGGAACAUUGAGUGGACUUUAGAGAUGAAGAAAUUUUUGAUUGAUACAAUCUUGCGCUGGACUCCUCACGCGAGCUCGGUGCAGAAAGCUCGUGUGUUGCUGGUCGGUCCUGUGGGAGCGGGCAAAUCCAGCUUCUUUAAUUCCAUUAGCUCUGUGUUUAAGGGCCACGUGAGCUGCAGGGCCAACACGGGCAUCGCUGGCACCAGCCUCACCACACAGUUCCGUGUGUACCCCAUUAAGGCAGGUGAUAAGUUCCUGCCGAUCACGCUGUGUGACUCUAUGGGACUGGAGGAGGAAGCUAACGCUGGACUGAACUUCGACGACUUUACCAAAAUUCUAAACGGUCACAUUCAGGACAGAUACCAGUUUAACCAACCACUUCCUCGCCAGUCAUGGUUCUCCUUAUUCUCCUUUGGUUCUACGUAUUUCAGUAAAGCUCCUAGUGUGCAGGAGAAGAUCCAUGUCGUGGUAUUCGUGAUGGACGCAUGCAAGAUCAAACUGCUGUCUGACAAGAUGAUCAAAAAACUGACUGCUUUCCGCAGAAAAGCCAGUGACAUGGGAAUCCCACAGAUGGUUCUGCUGACUAAGGUGGAUGAAGCGUGUCGUUUGGUGGGAGAAGAUCUAAAAAACAUUUAUCAGAGCCACUACAUCUACACAGUGAUGAAAGAGGUGAGUUUACAUCUGGGCAUUUCUCUCGCCUCCGUGGUUCCAGUGAAGAACUACAGCAAAGAGCUGGACCUGGAGCCGAACACAGACAUCAUGCUCCUUAAAGCCAUUUUGCAGAUGAUCAGAACGGCUGAGGGGUACUUUGAGGACAUUUCCUGUGAGGGAGAGUAGAGUCACAAGCAAAAGGCACCCUAAUGCUAAACUAUGAUUUAAUUUAAAAUUUCUAUGUUUCCAGGAGUUAUGUUUAUUUAAUUUUAGCUGCCACGCCCCCUUUUUGCACUCGCAAAUUGUGUCUAAAUGGCAACAUCUUUAUUUCUAAAGAAUAUGAAAACAUGAAACCUAAACAUGCAAUUCUUAGUUACUUUCCAUUAAUCCAAAAUCAUCUUUG